UUUGAGCAUGUCAGUAUGCUUGUUAUCCUUCUCAACUGUGUCACCUUGGGAAUGUACCAACCUUGUGAAGACGUAGACUGUUCCAGUGACAGAUGUAGGAUAUUACAGGCUUUCGACGACUUCAUCUUCAUUUUCUUCGCCAUGGAGAUGGUGGUCAAGAUGGUUGCCUUGGGGAUUAUCGGGAAGAAAUGUUACCUUGGCGACACUUGGAAUCGGUUGGACUUUUUCAUCGUGAUGUCCGGGAUGGUGGAGUACUCGCUGGACUUGCAGAACGUCAGUCUCUCUGCAAUACGGACUGUUCGCGUCCUGCGUCCACUGAAAGCCAUCAACCGGGUUCCAAGUAUGAGAAUCCUAGUCAAUCUGUUACUGGACACUCUCCCGAUGCUGGGCAAUGUCCUGCUCCUCUGCUUUUUUGUCUUUUUUAUAUUUGGCAUCAUCGGUGUGCAGCUGUGGGCCGGACUCCUGCGGAACCGCUGCUUCUUGGAAGAAAACUUAACACUGUACAAUGGCCUCUCUCUGCCUCAGUACUACCAUCCUGAGAAGGACGAUGAAACCCCUUUCAUCUGCUCUCUGUCCGGAGAUAAUGGGAUUAUGGGAUGCCAUGAAAUCCCUGCCUUGAGGGACAAUGGGCACGAGUGUUGCUUGGACAAGGAUGACUAUUAUUAUUACGCAGCUCUGGGCCAGGAGCUCAACGUGACCGGGGGCUGUGUCAACUGGAACCGGUAUUACACUGCAUGCCAGACUGGGGACAGGAACCCCCACAAAGGCGCCAUUAACUUCGACAACAUUGUCUAUGCAUGGAUCGUGAUUUUUCAGGUUAUAACGUUGGAAGGCUGGGUUGAGAUCAUGUAUUAUGUGAUGGAUGCGCACUCUUUCUACAAUUUCAUUUACUUCAUCUUGCUUAUCAUAGUAGGUUCGUUCUUCAUGAUUAACCUCUGCUUGGUUGUCAUAGCGACGCAGUUCUCGGAGACGAAGCAGCGGGAACACCAGCUGAUGCAGGAGCAGCGGGCGUUGUACCUCUCGUCCAGCACGGUGGCCAGCUUCACCGAGCCGGGCGACUGCUACGAGGAGAUCUUCCAGUACGUGUGCCACAUCCUGCGCAAGGCCAAGCGCCGCACGGUGGGACUCUACGCCAGCUUCCACGCCCGUCGUCACGGCGACCGAGGGGCUUCCGGUCUCAGCGCCUGCCGGGAGGAGUGCGGGCACUACCACGUGACAGAGAAUCUGGAGUACACACCACAGGCUAUCGUCCGGCCCAUUGCCCUGACCUUGACCUCUGACCCAAGCCACUGCCCACAAUGCAACAGCGUUGACCUGACCCCAGGAGGCAAAGCCUCGGAUCUGGUCAAUGCCGAGGUGGGAGAGGCUGGUAAGGCAGAGUUGGACAAAGAGGCAGAGACGGAAACAAAGGGGAGAGGGGGCUCGGAAGGGCAGAUGAGGUGGUGCAUCAAAUUGUGGAGCAACGUGCGUGGCAAGCUGACGAGCAUCGUGGAAAGCAAAUAUUUCAACCGGGGCAUCAUGAUGGCAAUCCUAAUCAACACCAUUAGCAUGGGGAUCGAGCACCAUGAGCAGCCAGAAGAACUGACAAAUGUCCUGGAGAUCAGCAACAUCGUAUUUACCAGCAUGUUUGCCCUGGAAAUGAUUCUCAAACUCACCGCGUUUGGAUUCUUCAGCUACCUGAGGAACCCUUAUAAUAUUUUCGAUGGUAUCAUUGUUAUCAUCAGUGUCUGCGAGAUUGUUGGUCAGUCCGAUGGGGGCCUCUCGGUCUUGCGCACCUUCCGUCUCCUGCGGGUGCUGAAGUUGGUGAGGUUCAUGCCAGCGCUGCGCCGCCAACUUGUGGUCCUGAUGAAGACAAUGGACAAUGUCGCCACCUUCUGUAUGCUGUUGAUGCUCUUCAUUUUCAUUUUCAGCAUCCUGGGAAUGCACAUCUUUGGGUGUAAAUUUAGCCUGAAGACUGACGGUGGAGAUACUGUUCCCGACAGGAAGAAUUUUGACUCGCUUCUCUGGGCAAUCGUCACGGUUUUUCAGAUCCUGACGCAGGAGGAUUGGAAUGUUGUGCUUUAUAACGGAAUGGCCUCCACGUCACCCUGGGCUGCUCUGUACUUUGUGGCCCUGAUGGCCUUUGGUAAUUACGUGCUCUUUAACCUCCUGGUCGCCAUCUUGGUAGAGGGCUUCCAGGCAGAGGGAGAUGCCAACAAGUCGGACUCAGAGGAAGAACGAACUUCAACAAAUUUUGAAGACUGUGAAAAGAUCAAAGAAAUGCAUUAUUUAUCAGAGUUGAAAGCUUGUUCGAUUGCCAUGACUCCCAACGGGCAUUUGGACCUGUCUCCUCAGAACCAGUCAAUAGGAUCAAGGAGCUCACUACAGCCUGAAAACCCCUACAUCUCUGCUGGGUCCCGGAAAAGCAGUGUGACCUCACUGACUCGCAUCAACUUUGACCAGAAGUCACUGCCGAGUCGUCGAAGCUCUCACUACAUCCCGUGGGGCGCUGGCAGCAACUGGGGCAGCCGGAGGGCCAGCUGGAACAGCAUGGGCCACGCCUCAAGCCUGAAGCGGAAGCCUCACUCCGGGGAGCACGAGUCUCUGCUCUCCGGCAACAGGCGCAAGAUCUCCUCCUCCGACGACGACCCUGACGACAUCAGGCCUGAGGUGGUCAAUAGCUCGAGCCUGCCCUACCGUCGAGCACUCUCCCUGGACACCAAAUGCUCCGGUGACUUGCCGGAACUCCUCCAGGUCCCGAUCGUGCAACCAUCGGGGAGGAAGAACAGCGUAGCGACGGUUACCAUGGACCACAGGGACUGUAACGGCAAAGGCCCACCCAUUGUGAAAGAAAUCUUCCCAAAGAUGAAGAACAGAAAAGAGAGGAGCGUUUACGAUGAGGAAAUUGACUAUAGCCUGUGUUUCCGAAUUCAGAAGAUGGUGGAAAUUUACAAGCCGGAUUGGUGUGAUACCCGAGCAGAUUGGUCAGUUUACUUAUUCUCGCCGCAGAAUAGAUUCCGCCUGAUGUGUCAAAUGAUCAUUGCCCACAAGCUCUUCGAUUACAUCGUUUUGGCUUUUAUUUUUCUAAACUGCAUCACUGUUGCGCUAGAACGACCCGAGAUUAACCAGGGAAGCACAGAAAGGAUCUUCCUCAGUGUCUCAAACUAUUUCUUCACGGCCAUCUUUGUGGCAGAGAUGACUCUCAAGGUCGUCUCUCUGGGGUUUUACAUUGGUGAUCAAGCAUACCUGAGAAGCAGCUGGAACAUUCUGGAUGGAUUUCUGGUCUUCGUGUCCCUCAUUGACAUAGUUGUGUCCUUGGCCUCAGCGGGUGGGGCGAAGAUCUUGGGCGUACUCCGGGUGUUAAGGCUUCUUAGGACACUGCGUCCUCUCAGGGUCAUUAGUCGAGCACCUGGCUUGAAGCUGGUUGUUGAAACUCUUAUUUCCUCCCUGAAGCCCAUUGGGAACAUUGUCCUCAUCUGCUGUGCUUUCUUCAUAAUCUUCGGCAUCCUUGGAGUCCAGCUUUUCAAAGGGAAGUUCUACUACUGCCAGGGUCACGACACUCGCAAUGUCACCAACAGGUCGGACUGCUUGCUGGCCAACUACAGGUGGAUCCAUCACAAGUACAACUUUGACAACCUGGGACAGGCUCUGAUGUCACUCUUUGUACUGGCCUCCAAGGAUGGCUGGGUCAACAUUAUGUAUCAUGGUCUGGAUGCCGUUUCCAUCGACCAACAGCCCAUCAUUAAUCACAACCCCUGGAUGCUGCUCUAUUUCAUCUCCUUUCUGCUCAUUGUCAGCUUCUUUGUGUUGAACAUGUUUGUUGGUGUGGUCGUAGAGAACUUCCACAAGUGCCGUCAGCACCAGGAAGCAGAAGAGGCCCGACGGAGAGAGGAGAAGCGUCUGCAGAGGCUGGAGAAGAAGCGCAGGAAAGCCCAACGUUUGCCAUAUUAUGCUGCCUACUCACCCAUCCGCCUCUUCAUCCACACCAUGUGUACCAGCCAUUACCUGGACCUCUUCAUCACCUUCAUCAUCUGCAUCAAUGUGGUGACCAUGUCUCUGGAACACUACAACCAGCCCAGGUCCCUGGAAGUUUCCCUGAAGUAUUGUAACUACAUGUUCACGACUGUGUUCAUCCUGGAAGCAGUUCUUAAACUCAUAGCUUUUGGAUUACGGAGAUUUUUCAAGGACAGGUGGAACCAGCUGGACUUGGCCAUUGUGCUGCUGUCUGUGAUGGGGAUUACACUGGAGGAGAUUGAGAUAAGUGCAGCUCUUCCCAUUAAUCCCACCAUCAUCCGGAUCAUGAGGGUUCUCCGGAUCACCAGGGUAUUGAAAUUGCUGAAGAUGGCUACUGGAAUGAGAGCUCUCCUGGACACUGUCGUACAGGCCCUGCCACAGGUUGGAAAUCUUGGUCUCCUCUUCAUGCUCCUUUUCUUCAUUUAUGCAGCGCUGGGGGUCGAGCUGUUUGGUAAAUUGGUUUGCGAUGAGGACCAUCCCUGUGAGGGAAUGAGCCGCCACGCGACCUUUGAAAAUUUCGGCAUGGCGUUCUUGACACUGUUCCAAGUGUCAACCGGGGACAACUGGAACGGGAUAAUGAAGGAUACUCUCCGUGAUUGUUCCAGUGAUGACCGAGGCUGCUUCAGCAACCUCCAGCUUAUCUCCCCGCUGUACUUUGUGAGCUUUGUGCUGACGGCUCAGUUUGUGCUGAUCAAUGUGGUGGUCGCGGUCCUUAUGAAGCAUCUCGAUGACAGCAACAAAGAGGCACAGGAGGAUGCCGAGCUGGAUGCCGAGAUAGAGCUGGAGCUUGCACAGGGCCUGUGCUGUCAGCCAGUGAGCCCACCAGCCCCGGGGACUGCUAGCGGUGCAGACAAUGGCCACAAGGGCAACAAGAAGAAAGGAGAGAGGCCAGACCCAGGGAAACACAUCUCGCCUGCACAGGAGAGCCUGUGGCUGGACAGUGUCUCACUAAUCAUACGAGAUACUUUCGAGAAUGAGUUAUUGAUGAUUGAUAACCUCUCUGGAUCUAUCUUCCACCAUUACACCUCUUCACCCACCUGUCGGAACUGCCAACAUGACAAGCAAGAGGUUCAUCUUGCUGAGACAGAAGCUUUCUCCUUGACCUCGGACUUCCUCUCGGACAAGUCAUCGUCCGUGGUUUUGGCUGAUGACCUGAGCUCGGAUGAUAGUGUACCUCAGCUGACCACUAGGGAAAGUGAUGAAAAGGAAGGAACAGAUAGUCCUGGUGUUCCUGAGAAUGACAACAUGAGUAUGUUCACCGUGAAGGAGACAGCAAUUUACAGAACAAACUCACUGCCAAACAACAGUUACAUUUCACAAGUCGAGAAUUCAGAUUCAGGCCAAACGGUUACAGAAACACAGCCAGUGCCUACAGAGCAGAUUGCUGUGACUCCUCUCCAGCUGCCUUCUUCCUCAUCUUGCCUUCAGUUUGAGACAGAGCUCUUCCAUCCAGUGACCCUCCCCCCCACAGAGCAGGAGCACAGCAGUCAGCUUCCCAAGAUCCCUCCUUCUGGUUCCUGGGCUUCGUUGCGGUCUCCCAACAUGGCCUGGUCUCUCCAGCGGCAGGUUGCUAUCAGCGAUACCUCACUGAGUGAUGGUUCAAUAGACAGCCUCCAGACAACAUUGGAGGACAGCCUGAGACUUGCGGUGUCACCCCAGUGCACGCUGGCUCUCCCAAUGGUCUGCACUGCCCUGUCAGCCCAAAGAACCACCUCCCCAUUUACACCCCCUCUGCGGAAAAACACCCUCCAACAUCGGAGGGGCCUCGGUUUCCAGAUGAUGCGGGGUCGCCAGAGGAGUCAAAGCAGCGGGGGCAGCACCAGUCCAGGACGCACGUAUCAGGACUCCAUGGACCCUUCAGAUGAGGAAGGGAUCACCCACUCACUGAGAGCCAACAGCGAGCAGUCUGAGACACUUAGCAGCCUCUCUCUAACGUCCCUCUUCUCUCCAUCACGAUCACCACCCACUCCAAUUAAAAAAUGUAAUAGCACAGGCACUUUGGAUGCUGUCUCGAGAGGCAGAGAUGCCAAACAAUUUUAUACCGUUGACCGGCAAGGGUUCUUAACAGCGCCCUCCUGGGUGGCCGAUUUCUGCAGAAAUAAUCACCCCGCUACUGGCCUGGAAGGUCAAGGAACUAACCGGGGGACAGAAACUGAGGGCAUUAAAAGAGCACAUGGGCGGCCAGCUGCCCAUGUCCAACCUGGGCCCGAGUACAACGCCACAAUGCAAAAGAAGAAAAGAUGA